AUGGCACCUUCUGCAACGAAUCAACAUACAUACCAAGCUCAUGACCGGCCCUUGAUCAAGCCAUGGAGCCGACCAGCACCAACAACAGAGAAUCUGGAGUGGGCACCACUACAAGAACUCGCAAGGCAGCUGUACGAUGCCGUUACCAAAGUCGGAUUUUGGGUCGUCGUAAACAUCGGAAUUGAUGAUGCUCGUGUACUGAGGCAGUUCAGCAUUGGCAAUACCUUCUUCAAGGAACCGCUUGAAGAGAAGCGUACUGUUCCAUAUAAGUUUGCGGAAGGAGAGUAUUUCGGUUAUCGCGAGAACUCGAGAUGGGUUGGUCAUACGGGAGUGAAGGAGAAUAUUGAGAUGUUAAUCAUCCCAAAAGCAAUACCCGAGCUUGCAAACGAACCAAAACACAAGAUCGUAAAAGAUCAUUAUGACGAAAUUCCCAGCUUCUAUCGCGAGGUCUGGGAGAAGGGAGUCCGCAAGCUGUUCGUUCUGAUCUCAAUCAUUCUCGAACUACCUGAGAACUAUCUCGUCGACGCCCAUGCCUACGAUGAGUUGUCAGAUGACCAUCUGCGAUACAUGAUAUACAAUGUCCGAACUCAGAAAGAAUGGGAUCUUGCUCAGGCUUACUCCAAAGGAGGUCACACCGAUUUUGGAAGUUUGACUUUACCUUUCUCGCAGCAUGUUGCGGGCUUACAGAUUCGGACGCCGGAAGGAGAGUGGAAGUAUGUGAAACAUGUUGAUGGGGGCAUUACUUGUAAUGCAGCGGACACUCUGUCGUUCUUGACGAAAGGGUUCGUCAAGUCCACGAUCCAUCGUGUUGUCACGCCGCCGUCUGAUCAAAUCAACAUUCCGCGUCUGGGCCUGCUUUACUUCAGUCGGCCAGGUGAAAACAUACCGAUGAAAGCCGUACCAUCACCACUACUUUAUCCUCUUGGUCUUCUUACUGCUGAAGAUAAAGAUCCUAAUCAGCCGGUAGUGACGAGUACGGAGUAUGUGAGAGCAAGAGUGAAGGAUGUCCAUCAUAAGACGGUCAUUGAUAAGCGAGAAGGCACUUCUUUCGAGUUCAAGGGCCUGAAGGUUGCGAAUCAUUAUGAUUAG